UCCCCCCUUCCUGCCCGGCCCCAGAGGCAGGGGCAGCCCCGGCGAAGGCAGCGCCGAGCCCCAGCAGCGGCCGGGGACAUGUCCAACCAGGGGGCCCGGAGGAACGGGCCCGUCAAGCUGCGACUGACAGGAGCAAUAGAGCCUGUUCUCGCUGAACACAAGAAAGAGGAUUUGUAUUCAAGAUACUUCAUUGUACCAAAGAAAAAUGGAGGGUGGAGACUGAUUUUUAGACUUAAGGCUACUCAACAAAUUUGUGAAGUCUCAGAAGUUCAGGAUGGUGACUCUGGCAGUACUAUGUGCAAAAAACUUGGUGAAAAAGGAUUUUUUCCAUAUAUUGGGAAGUCAGAUUCAAUAACAAUCAGUGUAUGGAACCACAAGAAAAUCCAUAAAAAACAAGGAGCUGGUUUUCUGGGUUGUGUGAGACUUCUUUCAAAUGCAAUCAACCGCCUUAAAGACACUGGUUAUCAGAGGUUGGAUCUAUGCAAACUUGGGCCAAAUGACAAUGAUACAGUUAGAGGACAGAUAGUAGUAAGUCUUCAAUCCAGAGACCGAAUAGGCACAGGAGGACAAGUUGUGGAUUGCAGUCGUUUAUUUGACAAUGAUUUACCAGAUGGUUGGGAGGAGCGGAGAACUGCCUCUGGAAGGAUCCAGUAUUUAAAUCACAUUACACGGACAACUCAGUGGGAGCGACCAACACGACCAGCAUCUGAAUAUUCUAGUCCAGGCAGACCUCUGAGCUGCUUUGUGGAUGAGAACACACCAAUUACAGGAACAAAUGGUGCGACAUGUGGACAGUCAUCAGAUCCCAGAUUGGCAGAGAGAAGAGUCAGGUCUCAAAGGCAUAGGAAUUACAUGAGCAGAACACAUUUACAUACUCCUCCUGACCUGCCUGAGGGAUAUGAGCAAAGGACAACUCAGCAAGGUCAGGUCUAUUUCCUGCAUACUCAGACCGGUGUAAGCACAUGGCAUGACCCAAGAGUACCAAGGGAUCUUAGCAACAUCAAUUGUGAAGAGCUUGGUCCACUGCCUCCUGGAUGGGAGAUCCGUAAUACAGCAACAGGCAGAGUUUAUUUUGUCGACCAUAACAACAGAACGACACAGUUUACAGAUCCGCGGCUAUCUGCUAAUUUGCACUUAGUUUUAAAGGGCGUGGCCACUGUGAUGUCAUGGGGGGGCAGGUGCCAUCCAAUGGAAGAGAUCUGCCACCCCAGCCGUCAGAACCAACUUAAAGAUCAUCAGCAGCAACAGCAGGUAGUAUCAUUGUGCCAGCUUCCAGAUGAGGCAGAAUGUCUGACUGUGCCAAGGUAUAAGCGAGACCUAGUGCAGAAACUCAAGAUUCUGAGGCAAGAAUUGUCACAGCACCAACCCCAAGCUGGCCACUGUCGUAUUGAAGUCUCCAGGGAAGAGAUUUUUGAGGAGUCUUACAGGCAAGUCAUGAAGAUGAGGCCGAAGGACCUGUGGAAGCGAUUAAUGAUAAAAUUUCGUGGAGAAGAAGGCCUUGAUUAUGGAGGGGUUGCCAGGGAAUGGCUUUACCUGUUGUCUCAUGAAAUGUUGAAUCCAUAUUAUGGCCUCUUCCAGUAUUCACGAGAUGAUAUCUAUACGCUGCAAAUCAACCCAGACUCUGCAGUUAACCCGGAACACUUAUCAUAUUUCCAUUUUGUUGGACGGAUUAUGGGGAUGGCUGUGUUUCAUGGACAUUAUAUUGAUGGGGGCUUCACAUUGCCUUUCUAUAAGCAAUUGCUAGGAAAGCCAAUUACUCUCGAUGACAUGGAAUUGGUUGACCCAGAUCUUCAUAACAGCUUAGUCUGGAUACUAGAGAAUGAUAUUACAGGCGUCUUGGACCAUACGUUCUGUGUGGAACACAAUGCUUAUGGGGAAAUUAUUCAACAUGAACUGAAACCCAAUGGCAAAAGCAUCCCAGUCACAGAGGAAAAUAAAAAAGAAUAUGUCAGGCUUUACGUAAACUGGCGGUUUUUACGAGGAAUUGAAGCUCAGUUUCUAGCACUGCAGAAGGGAUUUAAUGAAGUCAUCCCACAACAUCUGCUGAAGACAUUUGAUGAGAAGGAGUUAGAGCUCAUCAUUUGUGGACUUGGAAAGAUUGAUGUUAAUGACUGGAAGGCAAAUACUAGGUUAAAACACUGUACUCCAGACAGCAACAUUGUGAAAUGGUUCUGGAAAGCUGUGGAGCUCUUCGAUGAAGAGAGGAGAGCACGAUUGCUCCAGUUUGUGACCGGCUCAUCCAGAGUGCCUCUUCAGGGUUUUAAAGCAUUACAAGGUGCUGCGGGGCCCAGGCUAUUUACAAUACACCAGAUUGAUGCCAGCACUAAUAACUUGCCGAAAGCUCAUACCUGCUUUAAUCGAAUAGACAUUCCUCCCUAUGAAAGCUAUGACAAGCUGUAUGAGAAGCUGCUAACCGCCAUUGAAGAAACAUGUGGGUUUGCUGUGGAGUAACCCUUUGCAGACUUACCUGAGACUCUAUUUAUACUCCUGUCAGCCAGAAAGCCCCCCCCUCAGCCAAGACUCAAGAAAUGCUUGAAAUACAGGAAUGCUUUUCCUCUUUUACUCAAGAACACUGUGAGGAAAAGGACAAUUUGGGUAUUUUUUUUUUUUUUUGCCUUCAAGAAAAUAGGUCCUGUGGCUCUUGCCAUGGAACCAUUCAGCUGCUAUUAAAAACGAAUCUCUUGACCAUACAGAAUGCUGGCUUUUACUACAUUUUGACAGUUAAGCAGUAUUCUACACUUAAAGACUACUACUAUUUUUGUAAAAGGUAAUCUGUUCUAUUUGCCUACCUGAUUUCUAUUCUCACAGACAAGAAGACACAACUUCAGCAGUCGGUACAAAUCACGUUUCAGCUCGAGUAAACAUACUGAACAGCAUCUAUACCUGCUAUUUAAAAAAAAAAAAAAAUUUUGGAUUAUUCUAAUUUUGCAUAAAAUUGGUUAAAAGAAUCAUUAACUUUUUAAUUA